CAAAUAUUCUAUACGUUCACAACUCUACUUCAAAGGGUUAAAAAUUUUCUGCGAAAAAUUAAUUUUUUAAUACAAUUGGAAAUAAUUGAAUAUCCUUCUGCUGCGAGAAAAGAAGUCAUCAUUUAAAUUUUAUGUAUUGUAUAUGUCCCGUAUCAUUAAGAAACAAAAGAUUACUUGAAUUACUAAAGUCGUAAAACAAUCGCUAAAUUAAAUUUGAUGCAUCCAGGAUUAAAUGGUAAACUAUAAAACAUUUCCUCCUAAAAGUUUCUUAUGGACGGGGCAUGGCAUAAAUAACCACGAUGACGUGAACAGAAAUCUGAAGUUACAUUUAAGUGUUGGGAGUACCGAUAGUUUCUUUAACUGACAUAAACGGCCAUACAACAUUUCCUUUUUUACACAAAUAACACAUCUAUGAAAAAUUGCAUACAUCACGUCACAUCACCACCACGAGAUACUCAACAAUAAUAAUCAAUAUAAAAUAUGAAUGAUUAAGAGACAUGUCAUUUAUACUUGAGAAUAUAAGCCAAAACAACAAUAGUUUUCAUGCAGAUCAAAAUUCAAAUCAACCUGAUAUUGAAAACAAUUCUUUAAAUAAAGACGAAGGAGCAUAUAACUAAAAAGCAGUAACAUUUGUAAGGAAGCACUUGUGAUGCGAUAAAAUCUGAUAUAUCAUCAGAUAUAAAGUCAUUUGCAGCUGUUCCAUCCUUAGCGUCGUACUGGAAUAAUCUGCGAAUAAAUAAAACCAGAGCGAAUCCAUUCUGAAUUUUUAAAUGAUAAGUUAAGAAGAUAAAGUGGAAACUCGUACAAUAUACAGUCAAAGAAAUUGUAACGGCAGUAGUGUUAUAAGCCCUGAUCUCAGUUUUUAAUACAAAAUCAUACUUUGAAUAUGGUGGUUUCACAAACACAGCUUCAACAAAAUAGUAAACAAUCAGCGAAUCAGUUAAAACUAAAGAAGUUUGCUAUAAAUUUGUUUAUUCUAAAUAAUUUAACUCUGAACUUAGCGACGUUGGCAGCUGUUAUCCGAAGUCCAUGUCACAACCGGCACUCUCGCUGCUUUCUACUAAAGAAACAAAAUCAAUAGGAGAAACUACAACUAUUUCUCCGAAUCAGCUUAGUAAAUCAUUCACAUCAGCUCAAUCUUCAUUAAUUAAGAUGAAAACGUUAUCAUUAACAAACCCAACACAACCUAGUAAACAAUCAUGCCCAAUUGAUAGUGCUGCUCCGAAUGCUUCUGCUAUUGCUACCAAUACAUUGACAAUAAAAAGUACUGGUUCAAUUGGCAGUAAUUCUGGUAAAGAAUAUGCUGAUGCUGCCAGUAAUGGAAAUGUUGUAUUUGUUCCAAUUUCUGCCAAUUCAAUGGAAUCAUUUUCAUUUCAUGAACAAAUCUUAAUGUCUGGCCAGGAAAAAAGUGCUUUGUCAGAAAAACCCAAACCGUUGGUUGUAUCGCCACAGCAAGUGAUGAUACUAUAUAUGCACAAAUUGACACCAUAUGAACGAACUGAAAUUCUUUCUUAUCCACAAAUUUAUUUUAUCGGAGCUAAUGCUAAAAAACGUCCCGGUGUGUUUGGUCCUAAUAACUCGGAUUAUGAUAACGAACAAGGUGCUUAUAUACACAUCCCACAUGAUCAUGUGGCAUAUCGUUAUGAAAUGCUUAAGGUUAUCGGCAAGGGCAGUUUUGGCCAAGUUAUUAAAGCUUAUGAUCAUAAAACUCACGAGCAUGUAGCUCUUAAAAUAGUUCGCAACGAAAGACGCUUUCAUCGCCAGGCGCAAGAGGAAAUUCGGAUACUUCACCACUUAAGGCGACAAGACAAGUACAACACCAUGAACAUAAUUCAUAUGUAUGAUUAUUUUACAUUUCGUAAUCAUAUGUGCAUUACAUUUGAACUGCUUAAUAUAAAUUUGUACGAAUUAAUAAAGAAAAAUGGAUUUAAAGGAUUUAGCCUGCAGUUGGUUCGAAAAUUUGCACAUUCUCUUCUACAAUGCUUGGAUGCACUUUAUAAAAACGAAAUAAUCCAUUGUGAUAUGAAACCGGAAAAUGUCUUAUUAAAACAACAGGGACGCUCUGGCAUUAAAGUUAUUGAUUUUGGAUCUUCGUGUUAUGAAAGUCAACGGGUAUAUACCUACAUUCAGUCGAGAUUUUACAGAGCUCCUGAGGUCAUAUUGGGAGCGAAAUAUGGACGUGCGAUUGACAUGUGGUCACUUGGAUGUAUAUUAGCCGAACUGUUGUCAGGACAUGCGCUAUUUCCGGGAGAAAAUGAAGCUGAUCAGUUGGCGUGCAUUAUCGAAGUUCUAGGUAUGCCACCAAAAAACCUACUGACAAACUCAAAACGCGCCAAAGUUUUUUUCAACCCUGACGGUUACCCGAGAUAUUGCACCGUUCGAACUAUGGCCGAUGGCAUGGUAGUACUAAUAGGCGGCCAAUCUCGGCGAGGUAAAGCUCGCGGGCCACCAUGUUCGAAAAGUUUUUCCAAGGCCUUAGAUGGAUGCAAAGAUGCACUGUUUUUGAACUUUAUACGAGGAUGCUUAGAAUGGGAUCCUGAUAAAAGACUUACGCCCGCAGAAGCGCUUAAGCAUCCAUGGUUACGAAGACGUCUUCCUAGACCUCCAAAUAACCAAAAUGGAAGUGGUAUGAGUGUUAGCAGCUGUGUGGGGAAUAUAAGUGAUAACAAAUCGCCUACAACAAAUACAAGUAAUGAAAGCGGAAACAGCCGAGACGCUGACGAAAGUACAUCUACAACUAAUGAUCUCAGCACCGACAACAAUAUUGACGACUGCUUCACUAAAACUGGAUCUGCAGUACCAUCUUUAGCCUCAUCAAUUCUAUCGAAUGUAACAUCGGAACAAUUAUGGGACUCUCAGCAUGCAAAUUUGGCUCAAAACAGAAAUAGCAGUAAAAUAAGUAGUAAAUUGUCAUCAUCUUCAGAUUUAACAACGAGCGAACAUGUGAAACACACAACAGCUACAUCUGCUCCCGCAAAAGCUUCCAACAUUCUCUACACAUCUUCGAUUUCCCUGAUAUCGAAUGCUGCCCAUAGAUGCGGAAGUGAGUAUGCGUCGAAACUGUCAUCUACUCUGCAGAAAGAUAAAUAGUUUUAAAUAUUAAAUAAUUUAUAUUUUAUAUAUGUAGUAUGUCUCAGUGCGUGUAUUGUUAAUGUCUGAAUAAUAUGGUUACUUAUUCAAAUUGCAAAAUAAUUCAUUUUUUCUGAGAAAAAAUUACUUUUAAUGUUUUUUUUUUGCAAACUCACUCGUUAAACAUUUCUUUGUAAACGGGCUUUUUUAACAUUGACUUUUUAAAACUUUAAGAAUAGUAGAAAGUUUAAGAAUAACUUUUUAUAAUUUAAGUUGGCUUUUUAUAGAAAUCUUUUUUCUAUAAUGCAUUUUCCUAUAUGUACUUGUUUUGGAGUAAACUUUCGGUAAAACAUAUUUCCGUUAAUAUUUUUCACAUGAUCAAAAUACAUCAAAUAGGCUUGUCAGAUCGCAUUUGCCCAAAAGCUUCAAUAAACUCUUAGCAUUUGAAAAGAUAUUUUCUAAGUUUUUUAUAGUAAAAUUUUAAUUUCCUAAAAAUGUAUUUAUUCAAACAUUUAAAAAAAAACAAAACGAAUAUUUUCAAAAAUAAAAAGCAAAUUCUAAUUCUAAACAAAA